AUGUCCGAAUACAGGCCAACAAGAGCCAACCGUAGCUUAGCAGGCAAGGUAGCCAUCGUCACUGGCGCUGGUGCAGCAGGCGAUGGUAUCGGCAACGGCCGUGCUAUAUCGCUGCUACUAGCUGAAGACGGUGCCAGCAUUGUGUGCAUAGAUAUGGACAAAGAGUCGGCUGAAAAGACAUCUGAAAUGGUCAACAGCGAGGGGAAAGGAAAGGCCGUUGCCACAGCCGCCAACGUGAUGUCGCCAGACGCAUGCAAAGCCGCCGUCGACCUCGCACUCAGCAGUUUUGGCCGCGUCGACAUUCUCAUCAACAACGUGGGUAUCAUUGGCGCCAAAGGCACAGCGGUAGAUGCCGAUGCUGCAGAGUGGGCUAAGAGUCUCGAGAUCAACGUCACGAGCAUGAUGCUCAUGGCCAAGUAUGCCAUCCCGGCCAUGCUGCGUAACGAGCCCGGUGACGGUAACAUCCGCGGCAGUAUCGUUAACAUGGGUUCCGUUGCAGGUAUCCGCGGCGGUACUCCGAGCCUGCUCUAUCCCACCAGCAAGGGCGCUGUUGUUAAUAUGACCCGUGCCAUGGCCUCGCAGCACGGCAAGGACGGUAUCCGCGUUAACUGUGUUUGUCCGGGGAUGCUGUACACACCUAUGAUGUAUAAUGCCGGGGGUGGCAUGUCUGAUGAGAUGAGAGAGAGCAGGAAGAGCAGGAGUUUGUUAAAGACAGAAGGUAAUGCGUGGGACUGUGCAGCCAGCGUGCGCUUCUUAGCUGGAGCAGAGGCCAGAUGGAUUACGGGGACGGUGUUGACUGUAGAUGCGGGUGCAACGUGCUCUACGUCAAUCGAUAUGAACUAAUAUAAUUUUUGAAUAUUUUUAUAUGUAGUAGCUGGCGGUUUAUAUCUUGUCUGCUCGGGUUGAAAGGGCGUAGAUGUCAAAUUGGAGCUAGUGACUCCCCUCGCUUGGAUAUAAACUGG